AUGGCAUUUUUUAUUGAUAAAAGAACCGCCGAAGCAGCCAAAAAAAGGGUGGUCGAAAUGGCAGUUAUUGAGAUAAAUAAAGAAAGUGCUAGACAGGAAUCACGGUCAACGAUAACGUCAACAGCGCCGACUACAUCAACAGAAACCGGAAUAUCAAAAGAUAGCAGCAAGCCAUAUAAUUUCAUAGAUAUUUGGGCGGAUAUUGACAUUCAAGACGUUCAUAUACUGGAGUCACCAACAGCAAUAGCUAUUGCUGAGGUUCGGAGGUUUAUAAAUGAUAAAAUGUUACCAAGGAAUGCAAGCCCCAAUGAUUGGUGGCGUAAACAUUUUUUUUUGUACCCUAACCUCAGCAAGGUAUUCAAACAGCACUUUUGUGUACCUUGCGAAAGGAUUUUUUCAAAAUCUGGGGAACUAAUUUCUGACCGACGAACUGGUCUGUCGUCGGAAAAGGUGAAAAAAUUGAUGUUUUUACACACGAAUAAAAAAUAA